AUGCAUAAAAAUCAUAAACCAUCAAGUAGAUGGACUACUACACAACUGAGCAUCAUUCUUGGAUGCUUUCUGGUGAUUACUGCAUUACUCUCCGUGAUUGCCUAUCUUUUAAUGAGACCUACUGAAGUGGAGAAGGCCUCGAUAGUUGAGGGAGAAUCUAAGAACUUGAAAUUCAAAUCCCAUCAUACUGAACUUUCAGUGGACAAUGCUACAGAGACUACAUUGAAAGCAAUUGCAUCAACUGAAGAAACCAUCAAAGCAAAUGCCAAUAGAACGACUGGCGCAAACACCUUACCUCCUGCUACUCCUUGUGAUGACUUUUAUCGUUAUGCUUGUGAUAAAUGGGAAAACGAUAAUCCUAUACCGGAAGACAUGCUUAAAAUAAACACGUUUUCAAACUUAGACAAGGAAAUUAAAAAAUACAUUUGGAGAAUAUUCUCGAAUUCAUCAUACGCGACGAACGAUAUUCACUUAAGCGAUGUCCGUAAAUUUUACAAAUCUUGUGUCGAACGAAACAAUAUACUUCCUGAAGAGUUUAGAAGCCAAGUACGCCAAAUAAUUGCAAAAACCUAUGGUCACUGGGAAUUAUUACCAUCUACACGUCAAACUGUGAGCGUAUCUUCGGAUGGUGGCAAAAAACUGAGUCUAUUAGACUUAUAUCUACCAUUAAUAAGCACAAGUGGAGGUAGCCCAUUGUUUUCUUUAAAUAUUUAUGGAAAAUACCCACCUGUUAUUGAAAUUUCUAAAGCACACUUUUCAUUGAGAACAGAAACCUAUAGAACAGAGGAAGAAUCACUUGUAAUCGCUCCAUUUUACAACAAAUAUGCUCAUUUUCUGGGAGUGCCUGAGACUGAAGUCAAAAGGCUAAACAGCGCCUUUGAGUUAAGCUUUCGUCUUGCUCAUAAUACAUAUUAUGCAAACAGACAUGCUCCAAAUAAAGGAAAACAAUUAGUUAAAAUGGAUGAAUUGAAGGCCAUCUGUCCACCGAUGGAUUGGGAAAAUCUGUUUGCAAAAUUGUUUGAUGAAACUGAAUACAAAGGUGAUUAUCGAUUACUUCCGAUAAUAGUUGAGGAUAAAAUGGCACUGAAGCAUCAGUGUGCUUUACAUGAGAUUGAAAUGUCCACAACUGCUGGAAGAAGUGCACUUCAUAAUAUGGCUGUUAUGGAGCUAUUCUUACCGCUGUUAAGUUUCGUUUCCUCUAAACGCGAUAAAUCAGUACCUAUGGAUAGCAAAGCGGAUACAGAUCUCAAUCCAAAAUAUUCUGAGUUUUGUCUUGAACGCUUAAUGGAAGUCUUUCCUUGGACAAUUGAAAAACACUAUCUUGCUCAACGUAUAAAAGACAGUCACCGAAAUGAGGUGGUCAAUAUCUUCAAAGAAAUAAAGGAAACUUUGUAUACUUCCAUUGAAGAAGUUACUUGGUUGAAUGACAGAACGAAGAAAUUCGCUAUAGAUAAGAUUUCAAAUAUCACCGUCGUUGAUUCGUCCUACGACGUGAACAUAUCAGAGUUUAAAGAAAAUUUAUCUCUGAUAUAUCGAUAUCCAAUAGAAGAGAACACUUAUAUAGUGAAUGAACAUUUCGCCCGGAAGUCUAAACAUUUAGAUAAUUUGAGGCGUUAUCUAUUCGGUAUCCCUGAAGAGUUGGAACAUUAUACAGCAAGUCAUACAACCAAAGCCUAUUAUACACCUAAUCGUAAUCGUAUUCAUAUUCAUGCAGGAUUAUUGAAUCCACCAUAUUAUUCACAUGGGAAAGAGGAUUCAGUGAUAUACGGUGGAUUAGGUUGGGUUAUUGCUCAUGAAUUGUUGCAUGCAGUCGACACAACAGGUUUACUUGUGGAUGAGAAAGGUGAUGACUUGCCAUCCAGUGUAUCCUAUCAAGGAUUUCUUGAAAUUUUGAAGCAAACAGAAUGUAUGCGUAAACGUCAUAGGGAUUACAAAUUCACAAGUGAAAAGAGUGGAGGUGUUUUAACACAAGGUGAAAUCAUUUCUGAUCAUGGCGGUGUGAAGGCAGCCUACAGAACAUACCAUAGAUUGAAGAAGAAGAACCCUCCACAAGUUGUCAAUGAAACCUCGAACUCCCCUUACACUUCUGAUCAGUUAUUUUUCCUCACAUUUGCUCAGACUCUUUGUGGAUACCAUAGUGUGACUGGAUUAUUGAAACAAGUCAAAGAUAUACACGUUCUAAAUUUUUAUAGAGUGAAUGAUGUGCUGUUGAACAAUGAAGACUUCUCGAGAGCAUACAAUUGUCCAUUCGGAUCACCAAUGAAUCCCAGACACAAGUGUCAUGUGUGGUGAAAUUUUUAGAAACACUAAAAACACAAUUAGUGGAAUAUUUAAAUGUGAAUAGUGAUCAUUCAUGUGCUCAUAGUUUUAUUAUUUUUUUUUAUAAAUAACUGAAUUGUAGUUUGUGUACAUCACAUUACAUUCUAUUGUUGAUUGAACAAUAUUUGACCUAAUAUAUAUUUUAGUAUUUUUAAUAUAUUUAUGCGUUGAAGU